GCAUCCAGGAAGUAGUCUCAGCCCAGCAGUCAUUUCAGGUUACGGAGCCUCUAGCAGGUCCGACCCGCUAAGCUAACGAUCCAGGCGGAUUUAAUUCCGCGAUGUGUUCCGGUUCGGCGUCGGGCUUCCUGCGUUAGUUGGUUAGAAAUGGGUCCCGGUUGAAUGAAGAACAUUCUGGAAACGCCGCAGAGAAGAAGAAACCCGCAGAGAAACGAACAGCAGCCCGAGGCCCUGAAGCAGCUAGCAGCAGCCGGGGGCUGCGCUCCGGAGGCGGCAUCAGGAGACGGUAAAGGUUCCCAUCCCCCGCUCAGCACCCUGAUUCUGUUCUGGGAGAGUUCAGACCAGCGUCAUCGCCAAGAUAGCCGAGCCAGGCAGGAAGAGGCACACCUCAGAUCCAGACCCCAGCAGCGGCAGCGAUUCUGGAGACGGACGGCCGGUUAGAGCAAAGUGUUUGAAGAUGGCCAGCGGCGGAGGCCGCCGAGUUGCAGGCGGUGAGACGGCGGAGCGUCGAGGAGGGGCGCAGCAGAAAGGGGCCGGAGCUCGGGAAAACGGCUCCGAGAUAACGACCAGCACCAGUAAGAAGAAGCAGAAAGACAAGGCCAACCAGGAGAGCAGGGAGGCCAAGAGAGCCGCAGCCGCAGCCGCUGACGGGGUUCUUGCUGAGGUCAAGAAAGAUGUUUUUGUGGACUGGAAGCAGAACGUGAACGAGGUGACGGUCAGGCUGCGCUGUGGAGACGCUGUACAGCGGCUAGAGGACAUCAGCACCACUUUCACCGAUACGCACUGCAAUGUGGCCUUCCCAGACGGACGGCAGUGGAGCUGUCAGCUGCAGGAGGAAAUCGAGGCGUCGUGCAGCAAAGCACAGUUCAAGGAAAAGGGAGGAUUCCUGCACCUCGUUAUGCACAAGAAGAUUCCUUUCCACAUCUGGCCUUCCCUGAAGUCAAACAAGAAGGAGAAGGAUUCUGGUCAACCACAGACCACAAAAGAAACCAAACCGUCUGCCCUGAAGGCCUCAGAUAAACCAGAGCAGCUCCAGCCGCCGCCCCCCCCCUCACCUGGAUCCGCCGAUCAGAGCCGCAUCAGCAGCAAAGCUGAGCGGGGUUACAAGCGCUGCUUCAAAAACAAACCCAGUGACAAGGCCAACGAGGUCGGCAGCGUCUCCAGGGAGGCGCCGAAAGGCCCGCAGCCGCCUCAGGAACACGCCCACACGCACCUGCUCCAGGUAAACCCAGCAGGGGACGCAGCCGCCGCCCCAUUUACUGCAGAAAACGGUCAACGGCGCCAUCCAAGCUCUGGGCGGAGCAGAAAUGACGACAACAAGGAUGAGAAGGAUGGAGGCGGCGAGGUCCUGAAGCCGCGGGAGGCAGCUGCUGGCGACCCAACUCAGGUGAUGGAGCAGAAAACCCCGUCAGACGGGAAAGAAGGCGCCGGCCAGCCAGCAGCUCCUGAAGUCUCCAGCUGCUUCCUGAACCCAAUGAGCUCCAACAUGGUGGAUUCCUCUCCUCUAAAGGACAGAACGGACUCUGAGCCGCAGAGAAAACCCGCCAAGCCCACUGAGACGGCGCCAGACCCGGCCGCCGGCGUGGCUCGCAGGCCGAGCCAAUCAGCCGGCCUCCCUCAGAAGGCGGAUGAUAGAGAGGAGAAACGGGACCAGUCCAAGGAGGAGCCCCCACUGGAAGAAGCAGCCCCAGAGCCCAUGGUCAACCUGCAGCUGCUGAAGAACGACUGGUAUGAGAAGGGAACCGACCUGAUGGUGGUUAACGUCUACAUGAAGGCGGUCUGCAGGGACACGGCCAGUGUCCUCUUCAGGGAGCAGGACUUCACCCUCAUCUUCCAGACGAGCGACGCCAACUUCCUGCGCCUCCACUCGGGCUGUGGGCCCAACUCUGUCUUCAGAUGGCAGGUCAAACUCAGGAACCUAAUCCAGCCCGAGCAGUGCAGCUACUCCUUCACGCCGUCCCGCCUGGACAUCACUCUGAAGAAGAGACACAGCCAGCGCUGGGGUGCUCUGGAGGCGCCGGCCACACAAGGUCUGCUGCCAGGUUUCUGUUGGGACCUUUCUCCUGGUGCAGUGGGGGGUGCCAAGGUCGCUGUGCCCUCCAGCCCUGCAUGCAUGGAUCAGAACCAGCCAGGCAGCAGUCAGCACAGCCUCCCAGCCAAGGAGGAGGCCUCCAGGGUCGGGGAGGAACCCACCAAGGCAUCCCCCAGAGGAGUGGAGGACGGCGGCCUGGACUCCGUCUCUUCUCGCUCGGUCUCUGAGCACGUUAGCAUCUCAAAGGCAGAGCCCGCUGUGGCGGCGCCUCAACCCAAGCCGACCUGUAUGGUGCAGCCUAUGACCCAUACGCCGCCUGCCACCGAGCGCCACGAGGAAGAGGAGGAGAAGAAGGUGUGCCUGCCCGGUUUCACAGGAUUGGUUAACCUUGGCAACACCUGCUUCAUGAACAGCGUGAUCCAGUCCCUGUCCAACACCAGGGAGCUCCGGGAUUACUUCCACGACCGGGCCUUUGAAGCAGAGAUCAACUGCAGUAACCCUCUGGGCACGGGGGGCCGGCUGGCCAUCGGCUUCGCCGUUCUGCUCAGGGCUCUCUGGAAAGGCACCCACCACGCCUUCCAACCAUCCAAGCUAAAGGCCAUUGUUGCCAGUAAAGCCAGUCAGUUUACGGGCUAUGCCCAGCACGAUGCGCAGGAGUUCAUGGCGUUCCUUCUGGAUGGACUUCAUGAGGACUUGAACAGGAUCCAGAACAAACCCUACACCGAGACGGUGGACUCUGACGGGCGGCUUGAUGAGGUGGUGGCAGAGGAGGCGUGGCAGAGGCACAAGAUGAGAAACGACUCCUUCAUCGUAGACCUUUUCCAGGGCCAGUUUAAAUCCAAGCUGGUGUGCCCCACAUGCUCCAAGGUCUCCAUCACGUUCGAUCCCUUCCUCUACCUGCCUGUCCCGCUGCCGCAGAAACAGAAAGUGCUCUCCGUCUUCUACUUUGCCAAGGAGCCUCACAAAAAACCAGUGAAGUUUUUGGUCAGUGUGAGCAAGGAGAACUCCAGCACCGCUGAGGUCCUCGAGUCCAUCUCCAGGAGCGUGAGGGUCAAGCCUGAGAACCUGCGACUGACAGAGGUGGCCAGAAACCGCUUUCAGCGCGUCUUCCUGCCGUCACAUUCGCUGGACACGGUGUCUCCGUCUGAUACGCUGCUCUGCUUCGAGGUGCUGUCUAAAGAUCUGGCCAAAGAAAGAGUGGUGCUGCUCAGAGUGCACCAGAAACUCCAGGUGCCCAACAUCCCCAUCUCAAAGUGCGCCGCCUGCCUGAAACCCCCGGGGUCAGAGGAGGACAAACUGAAGCGCUGCACCCGCUGCUAUCGAGUGGGCUACUGCAACCAACACUGUCAGAGGAGCCACUGGCCAAACCACAAGGCUCAGUGCCGCCCCCACUCUGAGAACGUGGGGCUGCCCUUCCUGGUCAGCGUGCCUCGGUCCCGCCUGUCCUACGCCCGCCUGGCCCAGCUGCUGGAGGGUUACUCCAGGUUUUCUGUGAACGUGUUCCAGCCGCCGUUCCAGUCGGGCAGAACCUCUCCUGAAACCUGCCCGGCCCGGUCCGACCUGCCUCCCAUGGCGGCAACGUCCCCUGGGGCAGUGGGAUCGGAGGAGGAUGCCGUAGGGGGGGUUGGUACCGUAGAAGGAGCUGAUGUGGACCUGGAGAGCCCCUCCCACCUGCCUGAACUCCAGGGAGAUUACGCUCCAGCGGCCCGCUCCCUCUCCUCCGUCUCCACCACGUGGACCAAAGACUCCGGGUUCUCUGAGCCUGGCUCCGCCUCCUCAAGCUGCUCCCUGGACCUUCAGGCUGAGAAAGAGACGUCCUGUGAGAAAGCGGUGCGACCAGAAGCCGCGGUGACGGGGUAUCAGCAGCCCGGCGACACGCUGUUGGGUCACGCCAGUCAGUUUUACAUCGGCAUGCUGGACUCCAACAACAAGGAGCAAAGGCUGGAUGAGAAAGAGGACGCUGUAGCAGAGCUGCUGGACGAGGCCACCCUGGAGCUGGUGUGGAAGAACAACGAGCGUCUGAAGGAGUACGUGUUGGUCAGCUCCAAGGAGCUGGAGUACGAGGACGACCCCAGCUCCCUGAGUGAGACGGCCAGAGCCGGACACUUCACCCUGGAGCAGUGCCUCAAUCUCUUUACCAAGCCAGAGGUGCUGGCGCCGGAGGAGGCCUGGUACUGCCCUAAGUGCCAGCAGCACCGAGAAGCUUCCAAGCAGCUUCUGCUGUGGCGUCUGCCCAACGUCCUGAUCAUUCAGCUCAAACGCUUCUCCUUCAGGAGCUUCAUCUGGAGAGACAAGAUCAACGACAUGGUGGACUUCCCCAUCAGGAAUUUGGAUCUGAGUAAGUUCUGCAUCGGUCAGAAGGACGAGAUGCAGCAGCCCCCCAUCUACGACCUGUACGCCGUCAUCAACCACUACGGCGGGAUGAUCGGGGGGCACUACACGGCGUACGCUCGCCUGCCCAGCGACAAGAACAGCCAGCGCAGCGACGUGGGCUGGCGUUUGUUUGACGACAGCACUGUGACCACGGUGGAGGAGAGUCAGGUGGUGACCCGUUACGCCUACGUCCUGUUCUACCGCCGCAGGAACUCCCCCGUGGAGAGGCCGCCCCGCUUCCCCUCCCCCGUGGGGGCGGAGUCAGCCGGCUCUGCAGGAGCCGCCGGCGACCAGGCCUCUCUAAUAUGGCGGGAAUUGGAGGAGGAAGACGAGGGGCUUGAUGAAGGGGCCCGCGGACUGUUCCGCUCGGCGCUUCGAAGGCGGCGACCCCUCAGGAACAGAGGCGAGGGAGCCCAUAGGAACGGCCCUGAGCGACGGCAGCACAGGCAGAUGUGGGACUGUCCCGAUGAAGACUGCGUGCGAUAUCUGGUCGUGGGAACGCUGGCUGCUCUCAUGGCUCUAUUUGCUAACCUGGUUUAUCCUUUUCUGUACAAACUCAGAUGGACCUGAGCAGAGACUAACUCUGAUUGGCUGGGGGUCAGAGACGCUUCUGAAAUAAGAUGGACAAUGAAAACGCACCAGAUGGAGGUUAUUCCUGAUCUUCUUAGUAACUAAGAGUCCAAACCCAGACGGUUUUACGCUCCGUCUGACUAUAGAUGUUCCAGCACUACAUGGGCCCAGUUCUGACUGUGACCCUGUGGGUCGGCGCCGGCCGCUGCAGGGAGCCCCCCCAGGCGCCUGACGCCGUGAAAUGCUCUUUGUUUAGCCGUUAACAGCUCUGAGGGAUGAUCAGGAAGGCUGUUCCUGGAUCAUCAGGCUGCUGCUGAAGGACACCUUCUCCAACUCAAAGCAGGAAGCAGGAAUGUUGAGAAGCAGCCAUGUUUCUGUGGCUUCUUCAGCUGAAACCACCACAUGUUCUCCUUACUGCUGAUGCAGUAUGCAGGCACCGCCAGCUGACUUUAAAUGGCUUAGCAGGAGCAGGAGAUGCUGCAGCAGUGAAUGCCUGUGGGUCGGACCCAGAACCUUCAACUACAGAAGGAGCCUGUUUGAUCCACUGUUUGUAGACAAGGAGGCUCAAAGCGCUGCGGGGCCACGCAUCACAGCGUGCUGACGUCUGUGAUGCGUCUACGCCAUCAGCAGGAGGAGGCGGCACCACCCCGUCCCUGCCUGGCAGGAGCUCCCUGGGUCAGUCUGAGGCUCCCAUCCAACAAACACUCGGGUCGGAUUGGAUCCG